CGAAAAGUCAGAAAUAAAUACUGUAUGAAUAAAACUACGGUACCCAAAAUAAAGCUACUUUUAAAAAUUUUCCGCUGUUGCAUUGUGUAAAGUGGAAUCUUCUGCCUGAAGCGGAGCAGCUUGAAAAUUUCUUGUUGAAUGCAUACAUACCUAAUCAACCAGCCAUGCGAUUUUACAUUGGAUUUAUAUUUUGCUUAAUGGCAGUAUUAACAUAUGCUCAGGAUUCUCAGACCAAGACGUAUUUUCUCCAACACCCCUUUGAGGAGCAUGGCAAAGGAAUUCUCGUGGUAGCCACAUGGUCUGUACCGAAACUAAUACAUUGCGAAAUGCACUCAGAUAAGGAGAAUAUUCUACCUAUUCUGAACCAAGCGGAGGAAAUAAUUGAACCAACCGUACAAGAACUGGUAGAUGUCAUAAAUGACUGCAGACAAUUUCUAGACCGCAACUUAAGUGAGGAAACAAGUCGCAUCUUACUUACGGGAAUUGAACAUUUUAGUGAAAGCAGCAGAAAAAUUCCUGUUUCAAAUGACGCAAAAAUGAGGAUUUCUGAAGACACCUUAGCGAAAUGGAAAUCCGAACCGCACAAUUCCGGUAUAAUUUUCCCAGGUUUCUAAGCUCAUAAUGUGAAGAAUACAAAAGAGAUAUGACAACUCCAAUGGUUUUACAAUGGGCAGAAGCUAAACGGUUCAAGAAAAUACUGUUCUUUGGAUAAGAUUCUUCUUCCAGUUCUAAUCAUCUCGAAUUUUUCACUCCUGGAUUUUCCACGGGAUCAUCUGAAAAAUAUGUACAAAUAUUAUUUGAUAUUAAAGUGUUAUUAAAUUUCAUUAUUUAA